AUGACACAGACUGAAGAGCUGUUUGUCUAUGCCAAGUUCCUGUACGAUGCACUUGGAGAGCGAAUACGGGUGUUUGAGAUCGUCACGUUGGAUAAUAAGACGGUCACUCAGGAUAUUCUUUUGCACUACAGAGAGGUGACUAAAGAAAUUACAUGUUAUUUAUCAAGAUAUAUUUACACUACAAAGUAAAAAUGUAUGAGUAAUAAACUUGAUAGAUACAUUUUGUCCUCUAUUUCUGUUUUUUUCAAAAUGAAUACAAUUUAAGAUCCAUUUAAGGUCCAUACCGGCAAAAAAGUACAAAAGACAUGAAGGGAAAUUGGAACCUUUUUAAACUCACUUCAAAUCAAUCUUUAUUUGUUAGUAACAUCAAUUCAUUUUUAAGACCUUUCAACUUUGUAUUUAAGUCAUUUCAUGAGCCUCUAAGACAACUUGAGACAUUUUAAGGCCUUAAAUACAAAUUAUUGGAAUUUAGACGUUUUAAGACUUUUUAAGGCCCAGCAGAAACCCUGUAAAAUAACACCAAUAUGGAUUCAGUCUAUUUUAUAGAAAUCAAAAGCUUUUUUUUUUUACAAGCAUAGGCUACAAUAAGGACUAAAUCCAGUAAUAGAAGCAACAAGAGUUGCCUGUUGCCAAAUUUCAGUACAAAGUGUUACUGCUUUUAUUUUUUAUUGUGUCCAACACCAAGAAAAUUCCAAGGUAACCUCCUUAUAAACUUUAUGUGAGCUCUGCAAAUUAUUCACAUGACAAGUAGGUCUUUUGGUCAUCACAGCAAAACCAUAAACUUUGACAGACAGACACUUCCAAUUAUCUGUCUGACACAACUGAAGUCAGCGUGAAGAAAUUUUUAAAUGUCAGUACUUUUUUGCUCUUGAAGGUUAUGACCUAAUACUCUGUGGCCAUGAUCUUUAGGUCUCUAACACUUAACAUGUUUUAAAAAAAAACCUUGAACUGAUCCUGUGACUUCAAUCCAACAGCAAGUCAUGUAUGAGAUCCACGACCAUAACCGUACCUGCAAGAAAAGUCCUCUCAAGGUGGACUUUGUGCCCUUGGGUGUCCCAGGAGAUGCAACUUUGCUGGCCCAAAGUGUCUUGGGUGACUCAUCUAGACCUGGGGAGGGACUCCUGGUCAAUUCCUGGAAGGGGAAGAUUCCCACAGGAGGUCAGAGAGCUUUUAAUCAUUACAAAUGUCUCAACUAAUAACUGUUCAAUCCUAAUUUGUUCACUUUUCUUAAACUCUGACUCUGCAGAAAGGAUGAUGAUCACAGUGACUGCAUUUGGAUGCGUUCCGAUCAGCUUUUCACAACAGACCAAAGAGUACGGAUGGCUGUUGACAAGGUCAGUAUACAUUAACGUAAUGUUUUAACAAGGUUGAAACUUAAAUAUUACUAAGACUAUGGACACAGCUAGUAUGAUAUCAGAGAAAGACUUUCUUCAUAGAGGUUUGACUGUUUUGUCUGUUCACCAGCUACUUUGACAACGUCAUUGGGAUAACAGAUCCUGAACUGCUCAACCCCCCAUCCUACUGCCCCAAAGAUGGCACAAUGACUGAUGAGAAGCCGGCUGACCUGCUCCGCCUGCUGUUUGGAAAGAAUUAG